CUGGGACCCACUAAUCGCCGUCUCAAUGGCGGCGGUCACAGUGACGAUAAUGUUCGAUCUCGCAUCGUCCGCGCCCUCGGCACUGAAUGGAUUCCCAUGAUACGCGGUAUCGAGGCCAUCCUCUUACCCGUGUACGAUCGUGUGCGCCUCGGUCCGUUGAGGCCCCUGACCGACAUGGGAAACUGGGAGGAGUUGGAUGUCGAUCAGUACGCGCCCCCGGACGAUGACUGGUUCCGCCGGGUCCGUGACCUGUGGCAGCAGACGCCAGAUGGCCAGUGCUACGAGGAUACGCUGCAGGUUCUUCGCAAGUGCCGCUUCUUCUCGGCCCAGUUUGAGACGAUGGACCAUGCGUCAUUGGAAGAAUGGGGAUACAACCGACGGUGCGCUGGGCCGUUGGCAUUCUUGCACUUUGCCCCCGAGGAGUUUAUGUCGCGCCUGCACCAGCGUCAGCCCCCGGCGCUGGUUCUUUUUGCUUACUUUGGGGCGCUGCUGUAUGACUUGAAUGACUCGUGGUUUCUCGAAGGAUGGGGUCGCGAAGUGGUGCAGGUGAUUGACGAGAUCCUUGGCGACUACUGGUCUCCCUGGAUGGCAUGGCCCAAGAGCAGGGUAGGAGUUACUUGA